CUGCGCGGGAACCAUGCCCGGGAGGCCGGCGGGGUCCUGGGCCCUCCUCGGCCCCCUGCUCUGGAGCUGCGCGCUGGCGUUGCGGGGUGGGAUGCUGUAUCCCCGCGAGAGCCCGUCGCGGGAGCGCAAGGAGCUGGACGGCCUGUGGAGCUUCCGCGCCGACUUCUCCGCCGGCCGGCACGAGGGCUUCGAGCAGCAGUGGUACCGCCGGCCGCUGCGGGAGUCUGGCCCCACUGUGGACAUGCCAGUCCCCUCUAGCUUCAACGACGUGAGCCAGGACGGGCAGCUGCGUAACUUUAUUGGCUGGGUGUGGUACGAACGUGAAGUGACCCUGCCCCAGCGGUGGAUCCAGGACCCGGACACGAGAGUGGUGCUGAGGAUUGGCAGUGCCCACUACUAUGCCAUUGUGUGGGUGAACGGGGUCCACGUGACAGAGCAUGAGGGCGGCCACCUCCCCUUCGAGGCUGACAUCAGCAAGCUGGUCCAGAGUGGGCCCCUGGCCUCCUGCCGUAUCACAGUCGCUGUCAACAACACGCUUACCCCUCACACCCUGCCACCGGGUUCCAUCCUCUACAAGAGUGACCCCUCCAAGUAUCCCAAGGGCUACUUUGUCCAGGAUACGAAUUUCGACUUCUUCAACUAUGCGGGACUUCACCGCACUGUGCUACUGUACACCACACCCACCGCCUACAUUGAUGACAUUACUAUCACCACCGAUGUGGACCAAGGCACUGGGCUGGUGAAUUAUCAGAUUUCUGUCCAGGGCACCGAGCACUUCCUCCUGGAAGUGAGACUCCUGGAUAAGGAAAGCAAAGCUGUGGCCCAGGGAACAGGUGGCCGGGGCCAGCUGCAGGUGCCCAGUGCCAACCUCUGGUGGCCUUACCUGAUGCAUGAGCACCCUGCAUACCUGUACUCGCUGGAGGUGAGGCUGACUGCGCAGACAGCAUCUGGUCCCAUGUCUGACUUCUACACGCUGCCCGUGGGCAUUCGUACCGUGGCUGUCACGGAGAGCCGCUUCCUCAUCAACGGGAAACCGUUCUAUUUCCACGGCGUCAACAAGCAUGAGGAUUCAGAUAUCCGAGGCAGGGGCUUUGACCUGACGCUGCUGGUGAAGGACUUCCACCUGCUGCGCUGGCUCGGGGCCAACUCCUUCCGCACCAGCCACUACCCCUACGCUGAGGAGGUGAUGCAGCUGUGCGACCGCUAUGGGAUCGUGGUCAUCGAUGAGUGUCCCGGCGUGGGCAUCGUGCUGCCCCAGAACUAUGGCAACGUGUCCCUGCAGCACCACCUGGAGGUGAUGGAGGAACUGGUACGCAGGGACAAGAAUCACCCAGCUGUGGUCAUGUGGUCUGUGGCCAAUGAACCCAAGUCCUUCUUGAAGCCUGCUGGCUACUACUUCAAGACCGUGAUUGCCCACACCAAAGCCUUGGACCCCUCCCGGCCUGUGACAUUUGUGACCAACUCCAACUACACUACAGACCUGGGGGCUCCGUAUGUGGACGUGAUCUGCAUCAACAGCUACUACUCUUGGUAUCAUGACUACGGGCACUUGGAGUUGAUUCGGCUGCAGCUGGAGUCGCAGUUUGAGAGCUGGUACGGGGCCUACCAGAAGCCCAUCAUCCAGAGCGAGUACGGAGCAGAGACCAUCGCAGGGUUUCACCAGGACCCACCGCUGAUGUUCACUGAGGAGUACCAGAAGAGCAUGCUGGAGCAAUACCACUUGGUUCUGGACCAGAAACGCAAAGAAUACGUGGUGGGAGAGCUCGUUUGGAACUUUGCAGAUUUUAUGACCAACCAGUCCCCGCAGAGACCAGUGGGAAACAAAAAGGGGAUCUUCACCCGACAGAGGCAGCCCAAAAGUGCAGCUUUUCUUCUGCGAGACCGGUACUGGAGGCUGGCCAACGAGACCAGGUACCACCGCUCCUCAGGGUGACCUCCACGGAGCAGGUGCCUGCCUGGCUGUUGAGGGUAUACCUGGAACUUUCCAGCCUGGAUUCCGUGGGACUCUGCUGCAAGGGAACUUCUGAGGUGAAAGGGAAAGCUUAUCUGGAAUGGGAAUAAAGUGUUCACCCCAAGAGGAAUGCCGUCUUCUGCUGACGCACAGCUCGGAUCCUAAUGGGGCCGGUCUGCCCGCCUGGCCUUACCCGGCUCCUGGCUCAGCCCUUGCCACCUCACCACCCGCGCCACAUCUCCAGCUGCCUGCCGUUAAGAGACGGUCAGAUGUGGCAACCAGCUAGGAUGUGGCAACCAGCUAGGAUGUGGCAACCCAGACUAGGCGUGCGUUGAUCCAGUGAGAGCGAGUGAAAGGCUUUUACAGCUGUGGGCAAGGCCCGCAGAGAGCCUAAUGUCCCACACAGCCUACAAGAUUCCUGGCAGUGCUACCUCGGUGCCAUGAUGAGCCAGGCCCCUGUGCUGAUCAAGACACCUUUUGUGUUGACGCGUGUCAUGUCAGGGCUCAGAGGUCUCCCAGGGCAUUGCUGCCACCGCAGCCACAGUUACGCUCCUGGAGUGUAACUGCCUAGCAGCGCGAUUCCUGAGCGCAGGGGUCUAACCAGCUGUGCCUCAGGAGCCGCUCCCUGCCCUCUCCCAGAACACAGCCCUCCUCAGGGAAGCUUUGUUCCCAUAUUCCCCAGGCCCCAAACAGGCAAGUUAGGCACAUCAUUCCCACGGACGGACAGUCUACUCCUCAGACGUGGUUCCAAGCUGCAUGCUGUGGGGAAAUACUCUUUUGCAGAACGAUCAGAUGGAAGACAACCUGCCAAUAAAAGUUUUUGCUACAG